UGUAGGCCGUCACCUUUAUGAGCUUACCACAUAUUAUUAGGAGGUCGUAGUUCUGCAACAUUCAAGUUGUAGUCGUUUGUAAGUUCGUUCGAAUGUCUGCUACUAGUCGAUUUCAAUCAGAGAAACUUAUCUUGAGACAGUUAUUCAUUGGUGAUCCCCUCCUAAUAGACAUGGGAGCCUGUUAAGCGAAAGCUUCUAUUCCGUCCACAACCUUUUGAAGUGAUCUGACUAAUUUUUAUGUGCUACACAGUUUUGUUUAUUUAUCUGAAUUUGCAUAAUAUAUAUCCAGAGACGCACAAAUAUGCAAAAUAUUCUCUUUUACUUUUUAUGAUCAAAUUAGGGGACCCCUGUCUUUCAAAUUUCGUAAUAAUCUCACUAGUCAAGAUUAUUUCUUGCUAUCUUGCGCCUUUCCUUUCUGAAAACACUCGCUAUCUAAUAUAAAUCUCAAUUCGCGUUCUGAGGAAUAAGAACAUCGUUGCCUUUUUAAUCGGGGUUUUAACCUCGUAUGCGAAUAAUACUAGUGUACGUUUUGGCGACGUGCAGACUAUUCAAAUGUCACUUAAUCAGUAAGUAGCUAGCUUAAACGAAAUGAUAUGUAGUUUGUAAUAUAUACGGCUGCAUAUUUUGUUAGAUGUGCUGUUUUUGGUUAAUAAUGUACUCUUCUCUUCAGAAGAUCGAAGUACUUAUGUAAAGCCCUCUAUAUCUCGUACUAUCCGAAGUAUUUUCUGGUGAGCAAUUUAAAAUGGUCGCAAAGGUUAUGUACUGGGUGCCUAUGUUAUGCUUGUAGUAGUUUUAAACAAUUAACCUGUGUAUGCUAAUAAUUAGUGACUUAUUUCAAUUAGGGUUUUAUUUAGUGACACCACUUUGUUGUUGUAGUCGUCUAGGCUGUGGUGUGCAAUACAUCAAUCCAAGCAGUUUCCUCUGAUUGUGUCAAAUAUGUCGUCUUUGAAGGCUAGAUAGCACCCAGUGGCAACACUAUGUGCCCAUGUAUGGUGAUGAUGGUCCUCUAUGGGAGAUGCUCCGACAACUUGGACCAGCAUGCUUAUGUGCUGGAUUAUACGUGACAUCUUACUAUAGGGUUGUCAUAUAAAUAAUCUGCAUAUGCGCCUCAGUAGACCCUUUCGCUUUUCUGUUAUAAACUCCCUAUUGCUAGUACAGUGUAAAGUGUGACAAGUUGGGCUGAUGGAGAAGAUUUGUAGCUCAGGUGGAUGAUUUUGGUGGGGUUUUGUUCUCUGAAGUUUGUGCUGAUGAUGUCGGUCAGAAGAACGAUAAAAGCUCCACGAACAAACCAUCCAGCUCAGAGAACAAAACCCCACCAAAAGUUGGGCUGAUGCAUAAUUGAUCAACUUCCCACUCUGUUAACAACUGACUACCCUUUAAUAGUUUCAUAGUUACCUUCAUUGUGGAAUAUCUAUAUAAAACCUGUUCGUUCAACAAGUCCGGCAUUGUUUCAAAGACCUGCUUCCUCUAAAGUAAGGGUUCCCACUUGCGUCUUUAUGUUCGCCCAUGACCGUACCGUAAGUUAUGGUAAUAAAAAUUCAGUAUUCCCUUGAGCCUUUUAUUGCAACUAUCUUUACAGUACUUUACAUCCUAUUUAUCAGUGUUUCUUUCUCUUAAACUAUACCCAGCCUAAAAACCUGUCUUUUGUUGUGUCGAAAUUAUGCCGAAAGUAUUCAGACCAUCGAUAAAACAAAUCAAGACACAUAUAAAAACAAAUGAAGUUGAAACUAAAGAAAUCAGACCUAAUCAGGUAUCCGACUCCAAUCCGUCCAAGGAGUCAUCACCCUGCACUAUUACAAGUGAACCAAGGCCAAGUUCACCACUUCCUUCACAGAAUACGUGUGAAACUCCUAAAACAGCUACUCAGAGAUUGAUGAACCCUGACCUAGAUGUCCAUGUUAAUCCUGAAAGGCCUCACCAAGUAUCCAAGGAAAUAGAAAACCUAUUUGUUUCUAAAAAACCUCGCAAAACUAAAGUCAAGACAAUGGAAGUACUACCUCCUGUAGAUCAACCUCUUGAUCGAGCUUCUGUCACUCUUCGCUCCUUACUGCAUUGGGUCCCCAUAAAUAAACCACCUCCGACUUAUCGACAGGAGCGUCUUAACUCCACUACCUGUUCACUAAGUGGGGACGUGGAAGCAAGUGAUAAUGACCUCAAAUCAAAUGACAAUGAUACUGAAACUCCUGAUUUAAAUGAAAAUUCCCCAAAGUGUCCAUCCAGUGAUGUUUAUUCGGACCCAUUAGCUCCUCAACUACGAAUCGAUGCUAAUGGAAAUAUUGUGUUGGAUGAAACCAGUUUAUUAGUUGAAAAACGAGAGAAUUUCUAUACAAAAACUUUACGGCAUAUUAGUGAAGAAACUGGCAUACUCAGUGUUGACUAUAGGAGUUUCCGACCUCCUCGUGAUGGCCAUGGAAGGAAAUGGACAGAGCGUGAGACUACACGCUUCUACAGAGCAUUGAGUACUAUUGGGACUGAUUUUUACGUGAUGGAGAAAAUGUUCCCUCGCCGGAAGCGGUCAGAACUUGUUAGUAAAUUUAAACGAGAAGAAAAACGCAACCCUUAUCUGGUCAACCAAGCAUUACGAAACCGUCGUACUUACGAUCUUAUUAAUCUGUUCCCGUCAAGUGAUGAAGAAGAAAAUGCGAGACCCGAUAAAUCUUCAAAAAGUAGUAGGAAAAAAUCUAGAUGUGAUCAAGACUCAAUCGAAUGUAACGAACAGUCAUGUAAUCAAAAUCUUGAUGCAACAAGUAAACCAAAAUCGCGAAGAAAAAGCCUGCUUCGUAGAGAUCCAGAUUUUGAGCGUCACCUUUCAGAAACAAUCGACUGCGUUUUAUCUCAAUUUACGAAUUCCGAUGCCGGCAACCGCAAGUGCCAGUUGACUCAACAUACUGGUAGUGACCAGCAGUGUAAACAAAAUACUAAUCACCGGUAUGAGUUUAGGCAUUCCUCGCGCAGUAUCCCAUCUUUACAACAAAUGAUUUCAAUAAAAGAAGCAGAGCUUGCAGCGUCUGAAAAAGAUAACCUUGAGACUGAUAUGGAUUCUCCUCAAAUUUCUACAACUUCAGAAAGCAACCCUGUAAAUUCCUCAAAAGAAAAUGUUUCUAAACCUCCCAAGUCCUACUAUCGCCCGAAAAUUGAUCUUUUCAACCUCAGUGAAACCAUUUUGGGUGAAUCAUGAUUUUUCUACUUCUGUAUAUUUGUGUACAUAAAAUAUAUUCCCAGUUGUUUGCUGCUUUU